AACGUCGACGAAAAUGUUAUCGGAAUUUUGGAAGUAAAAUUAAAGUGGAAAUAAGUAGUUAAGGGCAAAAGUAUUGUAUUAUAAAUAAAUAUAUAUUAGUCAUAACCUCUUAAUUGUGCACAAUAUUUGCUGUGUUGUUAGCAAAUUGCAUGAAAAAUGAAGUUUUGGUUAUCUUUAUUCUUACAUGGAAUAGGCUAUAUAUGUAUUCAUCCUUGAUCCUCAUAUAAAAAAAAAAUCACAAUAUAUCGGUGUAAAUUUUAGUUUGUUUAAAAAGGCGUGUUAUUUCACGACUUAAAAAAACUUUAAUUCUCAUUUCUUAGUGUUGACUGUUGAUAAUUGACAGAGUGACAGUAUGGACUUGACAGGUCAAUCAAUUCACAUGAAUUCAUAAAGUUUAUUUUUAAUACACACUACACAGCCCAAUAUUUAAAUUAUUUUUAAAGAUAUAUUAUACUACGCCUGAAUAAAAUAUUAAUAUGAAAAGAAAUCUGGACAUGAAAUGUGAAGAUAAUUUUAUGAAACGAUUUAAAUAUUACAAAUCAAAUAAGCCAGAACCAUCACUUGAUAAAGUUGUUAGAAUACAAUAUGAUAUCCCAAUUGAGGUUAACAAUAUUUCUAAUGUUAUAGAAGAAGACUCAAGAACUAAAUUAUUAGGUUUAAGAAAUUUCACAGACUGGAAGACAUAUACAUUUACGAAACAUUCAGGUUUAUAUUUAAUAGCAAAUCCAUUUACAAGUUUAGGACAAAGAUACUGGAUCAGAAAAUGUUUAGAAGAUUAUCCUAGGAAGCCAAAUAAAACAAAUAUUGAUAUUGAAAAACAUAUUGAAGAUUGGUGGCAAGAAGUACACAAAAGUGAUGAAUUAGAUAGGAAAAUGCAGAAAAAAUUGAGAUGGACAACAUUAGGGUACCAUCACAACUGGGACACUAAAGUGUACUGUGAAAAAAAUAGGAAUAUCUUUCCUUCAGAAUUAGCCGAGUUAUGUGAUGUUGUAGCCCAAUAUCUGGGCUACACAAAUUUUAAUGCACAAGCUGCUAUUGUUAACUAUUACCAUAUGGGAUCCACACUCUCAGCUCAUACUGACCAUUCAGAAGUGAAUUUAGAAGCACCACUAUUUUCGUUCAGUUUUGGUCAGUCUGCAAUAUUCUUGAUAGGCGGUCAGGAGAAGUCAGAUGAACCAUCAGCUAUUCUUCUCAAUAGUGGUGAUAUACUUAUUAUGUCAAAGGAAGCCAGACUUUGUUAUCAUGCAGUGCCUAAAAUAUUACAAGCAUCAGAUCAACCAUGGAAUAACCAUGAGGAAUUAAUACAAAUUACCGAUAAUGGUAAAACUAAAUAUAUAAAUGAAGAAACAUUAAUUAAAGAAGUAAAUAGAAAUAUUGAUAAUAAAGAGUGGACUCAGUUCAAUAGCUAUGUCGAAGAAUCUAGAAUAAAUGUGAAUGUUAGGCAAGUGUUAAUGGAAAAUCAAGAAAGAUUAGAUAGUUGAUAUGAUAUGAUAUGAUAAUAUACAAAUUUAUUUACAAUUU